UCCCUUUUAAACGCUUCGCAGGAAGUGUGAGGGCUGCUCCCGGCGCAAUGCCGGCUGAUGUCGGAGGGCAGGCGGAAGCGGGUCACACUCUGCGCCUCUGAGGCUCGCUGCGGUGACAGCUGCACAGCCCGGCUGGUAUCACCACUCGGCCCGCAAUAAAUAUUAAGGAUUAUUCUGCUGAUCAGGAGGGAGGGGGAUCUCCAGCGCCCCUCCCCUGCCGCCGACCUCCCACCAGCACGCACCCCACCCGGGCGAUUUCUCCCUUUCCGGGACUGUCAUGAGCUCAGUUUGGGAAUGGCAUCCUUUCAGAGUUACUGCAAGGCAGUCGGCACUGAAGAGGAGGAGGAAAACGGGGAGCUGGACCAGUCUCUGCAGCGGAUGCUGAAGGCGAUUGCCGACGAGAGAAACCGGCUGAGCACCCGGCAGGAGAUCAGCGCGAUCGUGUGUUUUAAGGAUGACAGGAUUGUGUUUUGGACAUGGAUGUUCUCCACCUACUUCAUGGAGAAGUGGGCACCCCGGCAGGACGACAUGCUCUUCUACGUGCGACGGAAACUCUCCUACGUGAGCGCGGACAACAGCGAAGGCAGGAAGGUGGAAGUAGAGGUGUUUCGGAGGGACUCCAAGAAAUUGCCAGGCCUGGGAGACCCUGACAUUGACUGGGAAGAGAGUGUCUACCUGAACCUCAUUCUACAAAAGCUGCACUACGUGGUGACAUGUGCUGUGUGCACACGGUCAGAUGCGGGUGACAUUCACAUUCACAAAAAAAAAUCGCAGCAAGUGUUUGCAUCGCCCAGCAAGCAUCCAAUGGACAGCAAGGGCGAGGAGUCCAAAAUGAGCUACCCCAACAUCUUCUUCAUGAUCGACAAUUUUGAGGAGGUGUUCAGUGACAUGACAGUGGGGGAGGGUGAGAUGGUCUGUGUGGAGCUGGUGGCCAGCGACAAGAGCAACACCUUCCAGGGCGUCAUCUUCCAGGGGUCCAUCCGAUACGAGGCGCUCAAGAAGGUGUACGACAAUCGGGUUAGCGUGGCUGCAAAGAUGGCACAGAAGAUGUCCUUUGGCUUCUAUAAGUACAACAACAUGGAGUUCGUCCGCAUGAAGGGGCCCCAGGGCAAGGGCCAUGCUGAGAUGGCGGUGAGCCGCGUGCCCACUGGAGACACCUCGCCCUGCAACACCGAGGAGGACCAGGACUCUCCGCUGCAUGAGCGGGUGACCUCAUUUAGCACCCCGCCCACCCCUGAGAGGAACCGCCCCUCCUUCUUUUCCCCCUCGCUGCGCCGCAAGGUGCCGCGGAAUCGCAUUGCUGAGAUGAAGAAGUCGCACUCCGCCAACGACAGCGAGGAGUUUUUCCGGGAGGAGGAUGAUGGAGACCUGCACAACACCACCAACCUGCGCUCGCGGUCCCUGUCUGGGACAGGGCGCUCCCUGGUGGGAUCCUGGCUGAAGCUGAACCGCACGGAGGAGUACUUCCUGCUGUAUGCCCACCUCACCUACGUCACGCUGCCUCUGCACCGCAUCACCACAGAUAUUCUGGAAGUGAGACAAAGACCCAUCCUGAUGACAUAGCACAGACCAGCUGCCUCACUCACUACCAAGUGCCUACUUUCAUCGGGCAACAUGGACAACACUACCACCUAGUGUUGGGACAGAGAACCAAAAACAGCAGCAACAAGAACAGAGGAACACACAAACACAAACGAAAGGGAAGCCUUCAAAAUGAAAAACCAGCCAAUCUGAAAGUGCCUCUUUCUUCCCUCGAACUCCCAUCCUUUGGGGAACAGGAGGUGCGAGGCAGCCUCCAUACUAGCAGAACCUGGACACCUGGUGGUCCCAUCUUGGACACCUUACCCAGAAAUGAAAGGGUGCCUCUGCCCCGAAUGUGGAUCAGUAUCGCCGUCUCCUGUAAAUAGCCUGAUGCCUAGAUAUUCGCUACUCAGCUGGCCUCAGUGCAGGCCUUUCUUUUCAUGCCAUGCAAGGGACUUUUUCCUCAAAGAGGCAAUGUAAAGCAUUUUACUCAAUUUUAAUCCGUUAGGAUCUGUAUGUAAAAAGGAUUUCGCUUUGGGGGGAGUCUGUCCAAGGGGUCAGUGUGUCUAUGUGUGUGUGCGCCCUAGCCUUUGUUUUGUCAGUGACGCCAUCAAGCGACCGUCUACUGCAUACUUAUCUCAUUUAUGCUAUAAGACACAGGUGAUGACCUUCAUUUUGCAUCCAUUCUCCACUCACGGCGCAUCUUUAAUGACUAUCCCUGGAAAAUGUUAUUUUGGGAUAUUCAUUGGUCACUCAACUUACAUUAUUGGAAAGAAAGACAGAGCCUUGAACUAGGUGAACAAUACUAAAUCUGUAACAGGAAACUUCAAAAUAUGCCAAUAAGUAGCCAAUGACGUAAGCUAAAUACUCUAUUUUAGCUAAAUCAUGGCUAAAUAAAGCCAUAAAAAUAUCAGACUGUUGUGGAACAGGGACCCAACCCACCAUAAGGAGCCUCCGACAGCAUGCAUGGCUAGAGGAGCCAUUUUUCUCCCACCUUUAUUUAAGCCUAUGUGCUCUGGCCAUUUCCCACAUGACAGUGACCUCCUGACCUAUACUCUCCCAGUGAUUCCCUGGUGAUUGAGGGUUAGGAUGGACACUAUGCUUUGACUCCUUAUACGCGUGCACCAUUUGGAGCAUCUAGAUUCAGUGCUUAAGCAACGAGGUGUCACACUUAUCACAAGCCAUGUUCAAAUUAUGAAGUCUUCGUGUACAGUGGGAUCAUUUACCUGUGUUUAUCUCCACCAAGAUGUAUUUGCAUUCAUUGUCUGUUAUUGGUAAUGGGAUGAGGCAAUACUGCAUGCUUCUAUUUAUGACACAAGGGAAAUGAUGGUGAUGGAAUAACAAAUGCUUUUUUGGCCAUGUGGAUCUGUUUUUGGUGGAAAGAUCAGACUCCGAUCAGAGCACUGGGAAAGGUAACUAAUACGGCUCACCGAAGACCACAGCUUGAAAUCCAUCUGUGACAGCCAUUGUGGUCUUCGUUCAUCAUGAACUUGUGCUGUGAAGUUCUUGAAAUGUCUUUGGUUGGGUUUUUUCCUUUGACACAGAGGGCUGUUUCUCACUUUGGGAACUUUGGAACCAGUCAGGGAUGGACUAGCAUUAAGAGAAUGUUUUUUUGAUAAAUGCACCAGUGAAUUGAGUAAGAGAUGUAAGAACAUUGGAAGAAAGAUUUCUACCAUGCCCUCAGGUCCUGAUUGUGGUCACACACUUGUUUGACCUCUGCUUACAACAGAUCAGUGAUCUGCCCAUUACACUAUGAGAUGGACAUUAUAACAGAUUAACAAUCUCCCACUUUGCCUUUGCUGAAAUGAACAUAGACCUUAAGAGUUUUGGGUUGGGUUGAGUCCCAUUAAAGUGUUUUUUUCCAAGUAGUUAUUCUGGGUGGGUAUGAAUAAGAAUACAAAUAGCUUUUAGCUUAAACUUUAAGAGGUAUGAUAAGCUGCACUGCACUCUCUGUAUGUUGUCCCAAUAUGGUCAUAUGACCAAUCUGUUUAAAUGGGCUCAGAUAGUGUUCAGGUCCCUUCCUGUUGGUGUCAGCUUGAGUUCCCUUACAGCAUUCUCAGACGGGCUUUUGUAUAUAUUCCACCACACGAACCCUCACACGGGUCACAGCUUCCGGCAAAAAGAGGGAACUCUACGUGCCUUUGGGUGCCAAGGAUGUCAGCUCUCCACCACCAAAGGCACAGCAGCACCUCCAGUGAAACGCCACAUGUCACCACAAAUGGUGGCGUCAUUCCUUUGCCCUGCAUCUCUAGGCUAAAUCAAUCAUCUGUUUGUCAAGACGCAUUAAUUGUGGUGAGCAGAAGGUUUAAUCACUAUGACACAAGCACAGUACUUAAGAGCACACUUAAGGUGAAGCGGUAAGAUUAGGGCACAUUCCUUUUCAGAGGUCUGGUUACGCGCUUUUAACAUGACCUUUCUUCAUGUGUAUUAUACAAACUGUGCAGUUAACAUUAUUAUAAUUAAAUUUUCCUGGGCAGAAUGAGUAUAUUUAUGACGUCAAGCCUGAAUAAGGGAGAACUUAUUCACUACCCCAAUGGAUCUCAAUCUUCUUCCUGGCAUACCCCCCGCCAAAAUGUUUUCAUUCCAACACAUCACAUUUAUCAGCCUAUUAAGGAACAUCUGGGCCUGAUAAAGGCAGGGUUUGGAAUGAAAACACUCUGGUGGGGAGGGCACCAGGAACAGGGUUGAGAACCACUUGCACUACACCAUGAAAGGUCAGUGACACAGAGGCGUGGCCUCCUAUUGCCCCAUCCCACCCCCUGCAGACGGAACAGGCAGCAUACAUUCAAUGUCUCUCUCUCACGCUGAGCCAAUGUAUAGUAACUGUGUGUCAAUUGUGAGAGCUAAGCUGUACCCUCACUCUGUGAACUGCUAAAACACGCUUUGACACAUGGGAGGCAGAGAACACCCAGGCAGUAUUGUCAGUCACUUUUUAUAUUUUUGUUUUCUUUUCUAUAUAUUAUAGUUUUCUUGUGAAGUCCAUAUAGUCUGAAAACAAACUACAAGGAGGAAAAUGUUUCUGAAAGAGUUUUUUUGUGGAGCAAGUGCUAAGAGCUGCUUUUUAUAAUUACACAAAUAACUUGAAAUGCAUGUUGUGUCCAUGACUCUCUUCAAAUUAUUUUGAAAAAUUAUCAUUUUUUUUCUGUACUUUAGGAAAAUACAAUGGUUAACAUAAAAAAACUUCUUGUUUC